UGGACGAAGUACCUCGCACCGGGACAUAUGUUCUCGAAAGCCGAUCGGGAUUGACACUAUCUUGUUCAAAAACCGCCUUAGAUUCAAAAUUGCUAUGCGAUAGCUAGCACUUACCAAUCGCAGGCUGUAGGCCUCGGGCUUUUUCCUGCUGUAGCUUAGAGCCUUUGCGUUGGUUGGGCUGCUCCGACUUGCUUUGGAGCUAGUGACAUUCAAGUGACGACAGAACCUCGAGUAUCCCUGUAGAGGCUGUCUCAUCGCUCUUGGGGCUCCACAGAGACACCCUAGAAUGGAUCGAAUACUAAUGAAAGCUGGGGUUCACUUCAGCGCAAGCAGUUGACUCUCCACUUCAUUCCUUUACUCUCUGAUUUAGGGAUACGACGCAAAACCUCGUCAACACUACAACAGCCAUGGUGGAUACCAAAGAUCCUUCUCAGAAUGGUCACCAGCAUGAGGAAGAUCUAGAACAAUCUGCGACACAGGCGACUUAUCUCGAGAAGGACGAGAUGGUAUCUCUUUCAGAAGAACAUUGCCAAUACCUUCUGAAUCGCCAUGGAACCCUCGAUCUGGAUCCUCUUCCAACAAUGGGAGAUACUGAUCCAUAUAAUUGGCCCAAUUGGAAGAAAAUCACAAAUCUCAUUCUGGUAGCUUUUCAUGCUUGCAUGUCUACCUUCAUCGCAGCAUCAAUCAUUCCGGCUUACGAAGUCAUUGCUCAAGAUCUUGGUGUUAGCCUCCAACGCACUUCCUACCUCACCUCCCUCCAGAUCGCGAUCAUCGGAGGUGCCCCACUAAUUUGGCGUCCUCUUUCUACGCGUUUCGGUCGUCGACCCAUCUUCCUUAUAUCGUUGAUAGGGAGCUUGCUGUUCAAUGUGGGAUGCGCACAGACUACAACGUACGGUGCGAUGGCUACGUGUCGUGCUUUCACUGCUUUCUUCAUCUGCCCUGCCUCAGCAAUCGGAAGCGCGGUGGUGGUAGAGACGUUCUUCAAAAAAGAUCGCGCGAGGUAUAUGGGGAUGUGGACGCUUAUGAUCACUCUAGGCGUGCCUCUUGCACCAUUCAUAUUUGGUUUCGUUGCGUAUCAUGUUGGCUACCGAUGGAUAUACUGGAUCCUGGCAAUGAUUAAUGGCGGACAAUUUAUUCUCUACAUCUUCCUUGGACCAGAAACACGCUUCAUCCGUAAAGGCGUACAGCACACCGGCCCAGUCAUCAAAGAAUCUUACUUCAAAUUUCAUCGUAUCGACAAGACACCUUUCUCAGUCUAUGAAUUUAUCUCACCCCUACGAAUGGCAAAGUAUCCAUGCGUAAUGAUUCCUACUCUCGCUUACUCUAUGGUCUUCCUCUUCGCUUCUGUGCUGAUCACCGUUGAGAUCCCACAACUCUUCGCUGAGAAAUUCCACUUCAAUCCCCAGCAAUUGGGCCUACAAUUUCUUGGUAUUAUCAUAGGGUCUAUUAUCGGUGAACAGAUUGGUGGGUAUGUCAGUGACUAUUGGAUGGGUCGUCGCUCGAAACACAUCUCGGGCCAGCCUGCACCCGAGUUCAGGUUGUGGUUGAGUUAUUUUGGCUACGUGCUAACUAUCUGCGGGAUGGUGGUGUUUCUCGUGCGAAUUCAGCAGGCUCCUGAAGGCCACUGGAAUGUCACGCCCGUGGUUGGUGCUGGUAUUGCUGCAGCGGGAAAUCAGGUUGUUACAACAGUAUUGAUUACGUAUGCUGUCGACUGUUAUCCAGACGAAGCAGCGAGCAUCGGUGUUUUCAUAACCUUUGUGAGACAGAUUUGGGGAUUCAUUGGGCCAUUUUGGUUCCCUCCAAUGUUCGAGAAUGUCGGGAUUGCGAACAGUGGUGGUAUUGCAGUAGGGUUGGUUAUGGCAGUCAGCUUUAUCCCAACAAUUGCGUUGCAAGGGAGGGGCUACGCGCUGCGAGGAGUGAUGAAAGCCAGAACUUAAAGGAAUUUGGUAGGCAAGCCGAGAAUGGAAAUAGGUGAUGGA